AUGAAAGAUAGGAAUGUGAAACAGCAACCGCCACUUAACCUUCUUAAGAAGGGCAUGCAAUUGUGCAAGCAGCUAGCGCCAUCCUCAGCAGAUCAUCAUGCCCGCGACAUUGGCGCCCUUAGACGUGCGGUUUGGGAAGUCGAUGAAUUCAUGCAGAGAGUUCCUGGCAACACAGAGGAGAUGCAAACCAAGUUUCAAGUGGCCUCAAGGAGAAUAAUCCCAGAGAAGAAGCUAGUGCGAAAGGAGAAAUCCGCUCUCAACAUCCAGGAUGUUUGA